CUUGGAGUACCUCUCACUAAAAAUUUUCGAAGUCGCACUAAAUUUUUCAAAUCCUCGCGAGAUGAGAUGUACUUAGCGAGGAAUCAUUACUGAUCUUACUGACACUUACUGACACUUUACAGGGACACAGUAUGGCCAGAAGGACUCAGAGUAGUAAAAACAGAGAGACUGACGUAGAAGUCGGUGAAGUGGAUGCCUUCCAUGCCAACAGAGAGAAAAUCCUCUUGGAUGAAGCCGCGGAGUACGCCAGACAAGCUUCUAGCGACGAAGAGUCUGAUGAAGAAGUGAUGGGCAUUGAUGAGAACAGUGAAGACAGUGACGAAGAAGAAGGCAAUGAAGAAGGUGAUAGUGAGGAAGAUGACGACAUCUAUGGCGAAAAUGAAGAGGAAGAAGCUCAGGAAGAGUCAGGUUGGGGAGGUAAGAAGAACUAUUAUGGUGGAGAUGAAGUUAGUGAUGAAGAAGAUGCUAAGGAAAUCACAGAAGAAGCUUUGAAACAACAAAAGAGACAUUUACAACAGUUGGCCAUGGCGGAUUAUGUGGAUGAAGAUAUGAUGGAGAACUGGAAAAAGGCUGCUGAAUCAUCGGUAGAGACAAAGUCUACUACCCAAUUAAACAUCAGUACUGCUGAGUUAGAUGAUAGUGAAAGACUUGAAUUAUUACAUCAGACAUAUCCUGAAUUUGUUCCUCUUGUUCAGGAGUUACACCUGCUUAAACCGCGACUUGUGGAGCUUCAAAGUAAGAAAUCUAAUGAACUUUUAACGGUUAAAUCCGUAGCAUUAUCUGCCUAUUUGGCUUCAAUAACUUCAUACUUUGGCAUCUUUAUAGACAACUUGAAAACUGGUGAGACCUUCACUAUGAAGGAUAAUCCUGUAAUGGAGACAAUCUUGAGUUCUCGUGAAAUUUGGAGACAAGCCAAUGAGUUACCAGAAGUUGGUGUAGUCAGAAGAUCAGUACAAGCCGAAGAAGAGUAUGAUGAAGAAAUAAUACCUGAAUUUGAAGAUGAUUAUGAUGAAGAUGAUGAAUCUGAGGAAUCUGAAAGUAUUGACGAUGAACAAUUUGUGGAUGCCAAGGAGUCACAAGACGAUUUUGAUAUUGAUAUCAAUACUUCCAGACACAUUAAACGAGCCACUAAUAACUCUACCAACAGUAAUGACUUUACUGAAACUGCACAACCUGAUGAUGUAGAUAGAGAAGAGAAACAACGUCGGAAGAAGACAUUACGAUUCUAUACUUCGAAGAUUGAUCAAUCAUCGACCAAAAACAAUGAACGAUUCUCUGGAGAUUUGGACUUACCAUACCGAGAAAGAUUAUUUGAAAGACAACAACGAUUGAUUGAAGAAGCCCGAAAGAGAGGGUUGGGACUUGAUAAGAACCAAUUGGGUGAAGACUUGGAUACCAACGAUAUGGACUUUGAUGAAGAACAACUUGCCCAAUCCAUUAACCAUGGACAAGAUGAUGCAUACUAUAAUUCACUUAAGAAUAGUAAACAAGUUAAGAAACAAGUACGUAUUCAAGCUCAUGAAGCUGCAGUAAAGGCUGCCAAAGAUGGGAAAUUGGCAGAAUUACAAGAACUGGUGGGUGAAGAUGGUAAAAGAGCCAUUAACUAUCAAAUUCUUAAGAAUAAGGGACUUACCCCUCAUAGAAAGAAGGAAUACAGAAAUUCCAGAGUUAAAAAGAGAAAACAAUAUGAGACAGCUCAAAAGAAACUCAAGUCAGUUAGACAAGUUUAUGAUGCUAAUAAUAGAGGACCAUAUCAAGGAGAAAAGACUGGUAUUAAGAAAGGUAUAUCCAGAUCGGUUAAGUUGGUGUAGGAUUUCAUUUGUAUGUCCAAU